CCCCGCCCCCCGCCGGCCGGCUCCCCUCCCCCGGCCGCUGGCUCGCUCGCCUCGCAGCGCUGCAGAGGCUCCAAGGCGGCGGCGGCGGCGACUCCCUCUUCCCCUCCCUCCCGUGUCCGUCCGUCUGUCCGUCCGUGCGUGCGUCCGUCCGUUCGGCCUCGGUCCGGCCCGCAGCAUGGCCGGCGUCAGCUUCAGCGGCCACCGCCUGGAGCUGCUAGCGGCGUACGAGGAGGUGAUCCGGGAGGAGAGCGCGGCCGACUGGGCUCUGUACACAUAUGAGGAUGGCUCCGAUGACCUCAAGCUUGCUGGAUCAGGAGAAGGGGGCUUGCAGGAGCUUUCCGGCCACUUCGAGAACCAGAAAGUGAUGUACGGCUUCUGCAGCGUCAAGGACUCCCAAGCUGCCCUGCCAAAAUAUGUGCUCAUCAACUGGGUUGGUGAAGACGUGCCUGAUGCCCGAAAGUGUGCUUGUGCCAGCCAUGUGGCUAAGGUGGCUGAGUUCUUCCAGGGUGUUGACGUAAUUGUGAAUGCCAGCAGUGUGGAAGACAUUGAUGCCGGUGCCAUCGGGCAGAGGCUCUCCAAUGGAUUAGCGCGGCUCUCCAGCCCAGUGCUGCACCGACUGCGGCUUCGGGAGGAUGAGAAUGCCGAGCCGGUGGGCACCACCUACCAGAAGACAGACGCAGCUGUGGAAAUGAAGCGGAUUAACCGGGAGCAGUUUUGGGAGCAGGCCAAGAAGGAAGAAGAGCUGAGGAAGGAGGAGGAACGGAAGAAGGCCCUGGAUGCCAGGCUCAGGUUUGAGCAGGAACGCAUGGAGCAAGAGCGGCAGGAGCAGGAGGAGCGUGAGCGGCGCUACCGAGAGCGGGAGCAGCAGAUUGAGGAGCACAGGAGGAAACAACAGACUCUAGAAGCCGAAGAGGCCAAGAGGAGAUUGAAGGAGCAGUCUAUCUUCGGUGACCAGCGAGAUGAAGAGGAAGAGUCCCAGAUGAAGAAGUCAGAAUCAGAAGUGGAGGAGGCAGCUGCCAUUAUUGCCCAGCGGCCCGACAACCCACGGGAGUUCUUUAAACAGCAGGAACGAGUUGCAUCAGCCUCUGCAGGCAGCUGUGAUGUGCCCUCACCCUUCAACCAUCGACCAGGUCGUCCGUACUGCCCUUUCAUAAAGGCAUCGGACAGUGGGCCUUCCUCCUCCUCCUCUUCCUCCUCUUCCCCUCCACGGACUCCCUUUCCCUAUAUCACCUGUCACCGCACCCCAAACCUCUCUUCCUCCCUCCCAUGCAGCCACCUGGACAGCCACCGGAGGAUGGCACCCACUCCCAUUCCCACCCGGAGCCCAUCUGACUCCAGCACAGCCUCCACCCCUGUCACUGAGCAGAUUGAGCAGGCCCUGGAUGAGGUCACAUCCUCACAGCCCCCACCACUGCCCCCACCACUCCCACCAGCUCAAGAGGCCCAGGAGUCCAGCCCCAGCCUGGCUGGUGAAGAGACCAGCAAGGAGGCCAGAGCAGCAGCAGAGACUCAGGUCUGGGCUGGCUGUGUGGAGGAAUCCCCUCAGGCACAGGAACCUCCUCUGCUACAGGGAAGCCCCACGCAGGACUUGAUGUGCACAGAGUCUUCAGAGCAGGCUGUCCUGGCCGACUCUGCAGAGCCUGCUGCCUCCACCACCUUAGUAGCUGACGUCCAUGCAGCUGACACCAUUGAGACCACCACUGCCACUACUGACACCACUAUUGCCAACAGUGUUGCCCCUGCAACUGCCAGCCUUAUUGACCUAUGGCCUGGCAAUGGGGAAGAGGCCUCAGCACCCCAGGCUGAGCCUGGGGUGGCCACACCACCUUCAGGUGCUGAGGUCACCCUGGCAGAGGUGCCUCUGCUGGAUGAGGCAGUUCAGGAGCCACUGCCAUCAGUGGGUGAAGGCUGUGCCAACCUUCUUAAUUUUGAUGAGCUGCCUGAGCCGCCAGCCACCUUCUGUGACCCAGAGGAGGAAUUAGGAGGGGAACCCUUGGCUGUCCCCCAGGCUCCAUCUCUGUCCUCAGCUCUAGAGGAAGCAGAUCAGGUGCUGGAGCAGGAGCUGGAGCCAGAAACCCACCUGCUGACCAAUGGCGAGACCACUCAGAAGGAGGGGACCCAGGCCAGUGAAGGGUACUUCAGUCAGUCACAAGAGGAAGAGUUUGCUCAAACAGAAGAGCUGUGUGCAAAGGCUCCACCUCCUAUAUUCUACAACAAGCCUCCAGAAAUCGACAUCACCUGCUGGGAUGCAGACCCAGUACCUGAAGAGGAAGAGGGCUUCGAGGGUGGUGAUUAGUAGUGGCUCUUGCCUCCUGACUGCCCUUGCCAAGGCCACCAUCCACCUGCAGUGGCCUCUGGCCAGACGACUUGCAGCGCCUGCAUUAGCAGCAGCUCCGCCUGGCACCCACUUUGGAUUCCGGCGCUGGCCCAGGACUUGUCUGCUUCCCUACCCACAGGGCCUGACUUUUACAGCUUUUCUUUUUUUAAAGUUGAUAGACUUGUACAGUUGACUGGUUUUCCUCCUGUUGGUAGUUGAGAUGCUGUUGCAAAUUCUACCCCAUCCCCACCCAGACCAGAUUGUAGCUUAGUCCUCCCUGUUCAGCUGACCAGGUGGAGACUUCACUCUACUUGGGACCUGGUGGGGGUUGGGGGUUCUGAUGGGAAAAUGUCCCCCCCACCUUUUUCCUAGUUUUAUGUUUCUUGGAAAAAAUAUCACUUUGUAUUCUCUAUCCAGGGCUUCAGAUAUUUUGCACGAAUUUUAAAACAUGGCAAUAAAUGGCUCGUGGGUUCUGGCUCCCUGGGACCCCUCCCCUUCUCUUCA